AUCAGUGAUUUGGAAUAUUAAUUUAAAAAAGGGCUCAUAAAGUGGUGGAAAGGCAGAAGGGAAAAGAGUGACUAAGGGGGCACAUGCAUGGGGGUGCAUGAAAGACGACAAGGAGAGGACACAGACAGGAUUAAAGAACGCCAUCUGUCUACUAAGAGCCAGCCAAACAUCGACAUAAACACAUAAACAACAACACCACUGAUCCUUCAAUUAAAAUAUGGAGGGAAGAUGGCAGUACAUACCUGUGAGUGUUGCUGUAUGUUGUUUGUAUGUGUUGCUGCUCCAUUUUUGUGACAGUAACAGUUGUUUGAAGAUUUACAAAUUACCGUAAAAUCCAUUCUCAUUCCCAUUAGCCUGUCUAUGAUGUUUCACAUUACAGGUUAGCAUUGGGCUAGUGGACAUUGCUGACACAUUGCUUAGACUAUUACAAUGUUUAAAUAUAUAAUGUUUCAGUCUCUAAUGUUAUGGUGGCACGAUGGAUUGGUGAUCAGCUGGAAAGCGUCGGUCUCAUGGUUCUGAGGGCCCGGGUUCAAUCCCGGCCCUGCCUGUGUGGAGUUUGCAUGUUCUCCCCAUGCCUACGUGGGUUUUCUCUGGGCAUUCCGGUUUCCUCCCACAUCCCAAAAACAUGCAAUGUUAAUAGGACACUCUAAAUUGCCCCUAAGUGUGAUUGUGACUGCGGCUGUUUGUCUCAAUGUGCCCUGCAAUUGGUUGGUAAGCAGUUCAGGGUGUACCCCGCCUCCUUCCUGUUGACAGCUGGGCUACGCUCCAGCACUCCUCGCGACCCUUGUGUGGAUAAGCGGCUAAGAAAAUGGGUGGAUGGAUGUUAUGAGGCAGUUUUACAGUAAACUUGAACAGAGAGAAGAACACGAAGUGUUUUUGUAUGGUCUUUGCGUAUUGCAGAUUUUCACAUCUCGCAGGUGGGUCAGGAAUGUGUCACGUGUAAUAAAUGGGGACGGAGAUGGGGUCAUCCAUGACCCUGGUGAGGAUAAGUGGUUCAGAAAAUGAUGGAUGGAUGGAUGGAUGGAUGCUUCUUCUCUUUGUAUUUCCUGACAAUUUGGAUGCCCUUUGGCACCAUGCUUUGCCCCCCACAGGUCUGCCCCAAUACUACGGUUAGCAAUACUCAUAAAAUCCCACAAGGUGGCAGCGUUGCUCUGCAUUAGUCUUCCGGUCCCCCUUCCAUUAUGUCUGUCGGGUCUUGGAAAUUUUUUGUUUGCUUGUUUGUCCCGUUUGUUUUCUUAUAAAGCAGCAGUCAAAUUCUUGCUACCCUUGUAUGACAGUUUAAAUCCUACUUCCCAUGAUAGUCAUAGACAUGUGCACAGUAGUUACUUCUUGAAAAACGUUUUGAUGAAGGCAAGAAACUAACAGGAAUGGAGGGGAACUUCCCCAUUUUUCAGAACAAGAGGUUUAUGUGUAGUAUUGUACUCAUCGAGGAAUGAAGUUGAUGAAACACAAUGAAGAUAUGGAAAAGAGUAGUGGAGGCUACACUCAGGAAAGAAGUAUUUGCAGGCAACACUACGGUUUCACAUCAAAGAAGAGUACCAAGUAUCCAUUAUUUGCCUUGAGGAUGUUGAUGAGGUACAGAGAAGGUCAGAAGGACAUAUCACUAUAUUUAUCGAACUGAAUAAGGUCAAACAUCCAGUACAUAGAACUGGAGGCUCAGUAGUUAGAGCACUGGUUUGAUAAACCAAGGGUUGUGGGUUCCUAUCCCACUGGGGCCUCGCCUCCACUCCCUGAGAAGGGCAUCCGGCGUAAAAAUUGUGCCAAACAUAUAUGUACGUUCAUCUGAGAUGAUACGCUGUGGUGACCCUGUAAGGGACAAGCCGAAAGAAGCUUUAUCCAGUAUAUAGAACUACUCCUGCUGCAACUAUUAGCAUUUUCCAAAGGAAAACAAUUGAUUGAUCCUCAUGCCAAACAAUUUUACGCUGAUAUUUUUGCAAAACAUUAUGUUAUCCUGUGCUGCUCAUCCAUACAGAUAAUUAACUAGUGAACCGUUUCUUGACUGGUGUCAUCACAAGACUUCAUGUCAGCAGACGGUCCAAUGUGCUGUCCUCACGUCUUCCAUUACAACGCAAGGGUAAUUCGGUUAAAGUACACAUUCCAAUCUGAUUUUGCAGUCUUCUGGAUGUUUUUACAUACUUCUGUAAAUGACCUUACAAGGACUUUGACGAGGAUGUUUAUACUUAUUUUUUAUGUGAUGACGCAUGAGACAGUGUCAAACAAUCAUUUGAAGCAAUCACAAAUAAUAUUUGACAUUGUAGCAAUGGAAGAUGGAAAGUUUGUGCAAUGCAUCGAUUAUUUAUUUUGGGGAGCAGUGUUGUAUUCUCUAAUUGAUUAUUUUAUCUGGUACUUUGGAACAAAGAUCAACAUGAAGUUUCAAAAGACAAUAAAAAAAACAUGUAAUACCAAACUUUCUGCAAUGAACCGAGAUUCCAACACCAAACCUGCAGAACUGUGAGGCAAACAUGCUUAAAACACUGCGCCAUCAAAAUCUCAAUUUCCCACUUUGAUCUUUCCAAAAAAUAAAGUGCAGAUAAAGCAAUUUCAACAAACAUUUUCUGCUUAUUGCUCUCCACCGAUUGUUGUUAUUGGUAUUAAUAAUUAAAGUGACAUAAAUCUCCGUAGAUCAAAAUAAUUCUUCAAAAUCAGUUAAAUGCAAGGUUUAGUGCUCUUUAUUGAGGAAACUAAUAUGUCAAACUUGUGAUUAUAGACAAAUCGAGUGACCUACAUCCAAACAUGUAAGGACUAAUCAUCUCUUUUAAAGUUACAUACAUUGGUUGGGAGCCCAUCUGUUUCCAAAAUAUUUUAUUGUGUUUGUGAAAGGGUGAGACGGUUUAACUUUGUGCACUUUGUAGACUGUCGUUAAUGACGGUUUCCUGCGUAGAGCUGACCCACCCAAUAUGGCGGACGUGGUGGCAUCCUGCCCGUCUUUACAUAUUUACGUAUACUUUGUUUUGUUUUCGUUUGCGCGUGUACUCUUACGGCCAUCUACCAGCUCCGAAAAAACGUUACAGAAACGUCGCAGUUUCUCCCCCUUUUAUCUGCCGAGCACAUUUUUUAAAAAUUUGUCUCGUUAUUUUAUUAAUAUAAUAUUUGAUCGAUACACCGCUGCUGCCAUGUUUCUGUACGCACAUGAGAAGGACUGGGAAUAAUAAUAAAAAGGAGGCGUGCGUACUUCAACAAGGAGGCCAAAUUGAAUUGUGAGUAAUUGGUAAGAUGCUGCGGACGUUCAACGCGACACACGAGAGGCAGUCGUUGGACUGGAACUGGAAGGACGCAUCAUGUCUGCCUCGCGGCUUCUCUUGCUACUCUUCUGUCUUCCCUUGGCAACUUGUUUGAAGUGUUAUACCUGCGUAUUUCCCGCCAUUUCUCCUCUGGACUGCUUUAAGUUUCCCGAGACGUGCACUGAUGGGCACCGCUGCCUGUCCAGCGUCGCAACAGCAAGACGAGGCGCACUUCAAAUAACCAUGUACGAGAAGAGCUGCGCUGCUCCGUCCCAGUGUGGUGUGAGCGGGCAGAAAUACGCCAGCGGCCUGUUUUUCAACUUCAGCAACGUGUGCUGCGACGACGACCUGUGCAACGGGGCGUCGUCUCUCAGUACCGCCAAGUGGGGAGGAGCAGCGCUCUGCCUGCCACUUGUGCUCGGCCUCCUGCUGGCCUGAGGGCUGAAACUCCCUGCGUGGUGGUACACUCCUGUGAUAUCUAACUAUAUUACAAUACUAGAUAGUGGUUCUCAGGCUGGGGUCCAUGAGCUAUAACCUUGGGGUCUGCAAAAUAAUUUAUAAUGAAUGAAUUGUGUUGGAACUAGAUGUACCCGCUUCACAGUUCUGAGGACUCGGGCUGAAAUCCAGCCUCGCCUGUGUAGAGUUCGCAUCUUCUCCCUGUAUCUGGACGGGUUUUCUCCGGAGACUCAGGUUUCGGGUUUCCUCCCACAUCCCCAAAACAUCCAUGGUAGGUUAAGUGAAGACUCAAAAUUGCCUGUACGUGUGAACGCGUGUGCGAACAUUUGUCUGCGAUUUUCUGUUAUUUAUGUAAUUGACCGAAUCACAUAAAUCUGACAUCCCUGCAUGAAUACAGCAUUUCUAGCUUUCUUAAUAGUUUGCCCAUGCUCGUGAUUUCUUUCACUGUAUGCCGUUUGCCAAACUACGUGAAUAUUUGCUUGUGUUGUUUCUUAGCAGGAAUUAAACUAGUGAGUCGCUUUGAACAAAAAAAAAAUGCUAGAACAGUACAACUGGGUUUUCAUACAGUAAUUUCUAUAGCCACAGCCAUUUUUAAGCAGCGCAUGUCAGCAAGCAACCAUGGAUAAAUGCUGAAGUUCAUUCAACUUGGUUGACUUUCUUUCUAUUAAACAGGUUUGAAAAAAAUUCCACGGGAUUUUGGGACGUACCAUAAUUUCCGGCCUAGAAACCACUACUUUUUUCCACACACUUUCAACCCUGCGAUUUAUGAGGUGACACGGCUAAUUUGUGCGUUUUUUUCCAACGGCCGCAAGGGAGCACUCGAGCUGAAAAGGUAAGAGUGUGACUGGUGGAAUAUAUGUGCCGAGGAAGUGACUUUUACCGGUCUGGCGCUGUUAGUGCUGCGCUAGCCUGUUACUGCCGUGUCUCAGUGAUUUUUACCGGUGUUUUUUUUAUUUUAACCGGCCCUGUUAGCACGGCACCCCUAGCAUUAAACUCUGUAUACCGUCUUUGUAAAUAGCUCGUGUUUCAAUGUGGGCACUUGCGGAUUUUACACAGCUACAGCGUAUGUAUGUACAAAAUGGUAUUUCCUUUACAAAUGUACUGGGGGAGGCUUAAAUCGGGUGCGCGCUGUAGGCCGGGAAUUAUGGUACAUGGUAGUUAUGUUUAGUCAGUGUAUUAUGAAGGGAGUAGGAAAAAAAUUCUCCCCAGUACAGGCUCAUUGGACCUGAAAUAAUUGAGAACCCUUGUCCUAGUGGCAAUUUUUUUUUUUUCCUCAUAAAAAAAGAGCAUUUCUGCCUCAGCCUGAUUGCUUUAUUUACCACUUGUAGCUAGCCCUUUUUUUGUAAUGAACCAAAGUAAUUUUGUUUCUCAACCGUGCCUAGUGUUAACAUGAACAUGCAAGACAGUAAAUGCAUAAAAAAAAAAUCAUAUACGACUCUUUUGUGAAGACAAUUUUAUUGGGUGUGUAUUUAAACAAAUGCACCAAUGAAAUGUGGCUUUGGAAGUAUAAAAGUCAAUGUGGAAUGAAAGGUUAUGCCAUUACAUUGAAUGUAUCCCAAUUCUUUCAAUAUACUUAAUGUUCCGUUUUGUGGACAAAAAUGAAAGUCAUAGCACAAAAACAAAUUCUUGAAAAAAAAAAAAAGUCUACAAUAGUCUAAGUAACAAGAUGAAAAGUUAAGUAUGACAAAAUAACGUGUAUUGCAAUGAGAGAAAAAGUUCAAAGAGAGGUGAAAACAAAAAGUAACAUUUUGAAUAGGUAGCUCCCUGGAACUGGAUUGAACUCUACAGUACGUAACAAAAUUACUAAAAUGUGGUCCUGAAAUUUUUUAAGACACUCUCCCUUUGACUGAUUCAUUGAGGAAACAUUUCAGUCAAGUAAAACUUAAAUCUUCUCUUCCUUUUUUUAUUUUGAAAGGAGGGUUUUACUUCCCCAAUUUCAGUUGUGUAACAAAAUAGACAUGUUUUGUGUUGAAAGCACAGAAGAAAAAAUUUUUUUUUUAAUUCUUAAAUUGCACUUAAGGUGGUUGGAUUUUUUUUUUUUUUUGUCCUUGAUUUAACUUCAUCUGUCAGACAUUAGAUUAUAUUAGACACCGGACAGAAC